GCAGAUUUUUUUAAAAUUGUCAUUUGUUAUAAGGUAAUGUUUCUAGAAGAGACGGAAAAACAAAUUUCAAUGCACCCAAUCUAUCAUUUAAAUUAUUUGGAGAAAAAUAUUUUUUACAAGGUUUAUCAAACAAAGAGUAACAAUUGGGUAGUUAUUGAGACAUGGUCUGAAAGUCAGAAGAGUGACUCAUUUGUUUUUACUGAAAAAUUAGUUUCUGGUAAGUAUACUGCUAUGGCAACAGGGAUCUAUUAUUUGUCUGCUAAUGUUAUUUUUAAAGACAGCAAUGGACCAAUUUAUAUUAUGAUAGCUGUCAAUAAUCAGUUAUCAAAACGAACUGCUUUAUAUGCAACAAAAGGAAAAUCAUCAGUAGUUCAAGACUUAGUGUGUCUGGAGCCUUAUUUGUUAAAAAAGUUAAUACUGACAUCAGUUUUUAGAUUACUACUGAUAUUUUCUUUAGAUUCUUAUGUUAAUGUUUAUGUUAUGAUUGAAAAUGAUGAUAGCUGGUCCGACGAUUUAUCAACUAAAACUAUUAAAAAUUGGAUUAAACCCUCAGCUUCAAAUGCACAAUGGGAAAAUCUCCGCUCUUACAGUGGCUGGUCAUUUUUCAGAAUACCACCUUAUUUGCCAAUUCUGUCUGUUGGAACAGGCAAACCUAUUGAUUUACUUCCAUUUAUAAAACCUGGGUAUUAUACAAGACUAAGAAAUUGGAAUGUUAUAAUGUCUACUGUUCUUGGUGUUGAUGGAGAAGGUCUUAACCAAAGGGAUGGAGUAUAUACUGUUUUUUUAGAUGGAUUGUAUUUAAUAUCAAGUACUUUAGUUAUUAAAACAAACGAAAGUCAAAUUUCCAAUUGGAAUAUAGAUAUUUCAAUAAAGAUUGGUAUCAAUGCAGACUUAAGUGAUUUUUCAGUGGUUAAAUCUGGUAUUGGUCCUUCAUAUCUAUAUCCUGUAUGUUCUGGUAUUUGUACUAUUUCAAUAACACAAGCAGUGCAACUUUUAGUUAGUCACACUGUUGCAAUUUUUGUCCAAUCUAAUGCAUUGACAACAUAUGUAUCUGAGUUAAGCGUGUUUAGUCUAAAGCUUAUUAACCCUUUGAGAUCUUUAGACGUUUUCUCAUGUCAGUUAUCAUCUGAAAUACUGAUAAGUUCUUCAGGAGAUCAAAAAAUAGUGGGAUGGUCUGCUGUAGAGUCAAUACAUUACACAAACUUUAACGAAGCGAAUGAAUAUAUUAUUUCUAAAGAUGGUGUAUAUUUAGCUGCAUUUUAUAUGGAUCUUAUAAAUGUUUAUGACUUUAUCAGUAUUAAACUAAAUUUGGGUACAUCUUUAAUUAACCUUUUUGAGUACUACAAUGAAGGAUUGUUACCAUUUAGUCUAUCAUCUACUACUGUGGUUUCUUUAAAUGUUGGAGAUGUGUACUCAUUAAAAAUUAAUACUUUGACUGAUAAUUCAUAUUCUAUUGGUAAGCCAUCAUCAACUUCGUUAACAUUCAUUGGCGAUGAUACUUAUGGAUUUUCUGCAGUGCAGUCUAGAAUUAAUAGUAAUUUUUACAAUCAAAGCAAAUGGUUUUCUCAUUAAUGGCUGGAUUAUAAAUCGAAGUUCUUGGUUAUUUGAAUAUGGUCAGGGAUUUCUUUCUAGACAAGAUUAUAUUGUUGAAAAAUCUGGAUUUUACUUUAUUACAGCAAAUAUAAUAUUUGAUAAAGCUCUAUAUGAAAAUAUUUUGGAAAUGGUUGUUGUUCUUAAUAAAGUUGACACAGUUUUGUAUGAUCAAAAAAUACUUUAAAAUCAUCCACAACAUCAACGGUUCGUGGAGGAGUUUUUUUAAACAACUUAGAUUAUUUACAACUUCUAAUAAGACUCAAUUCUAACAAUGAUAAUUUGAUAAUCAAAAGAGAGUCAUCAUUUUCAAUUGUUCGAAUUGGAUUUGAUACCCUUUCAACAACUUGCGUUGAUAAUGGACCUAAUAUUCUUGGAAAUCUGUCUCAUAUAAAUGCGCUACUGAGUCAGGGUGAGAAUUUGAAUUUGGAAAUUUCUGCUACUGGAAGUAAUUUGACUUACCAAUGGCUGAAAAAC